CCCCUUUCAAUUAUGCCUUUCUUCACACCUACCGGUGUAGCCUGAGAGGCGGACCCACUCUGUUGCCUUUUUUCCUGCUCGGUCUAGUGACGCUGAAACUUGUGCCCAAUUGUUAUUUGGGCUGGACUUUUCCCGUCGCCCUGCCUAAUGUUUCCACACAUUUCUAUGCUUACAGGCUGUGACGAGCAACACAGCGUCCCUUCCAAGGGUCCGCACAUUAAACUCUCGUGGCUUCUUAGCGAUGAGUUAUGAAUUCGCCCACCGAGGAUGGACCAUCAAACGGAACUGUCGACCGCUCACUGGAAUCUGCACCCGUCCAACCGGAAAUUCGAGGGUUCCAAGAACACAUUGAUCGCCAACUUGAGCAAAUUCGAGAGUUCAAAGAUCACAUUGAUAGCCAACUUGAGCAGCCUGGUCACGACGGCAUCGACGGCUAUCAUAACACUGUCAAAUUUGUCUGCAGAAACACCUUGAUCAAGUACUGGACUAGCGAGAGGAUCAACGACGUCCUACCUCGGGAUCAGCGCAAUGAGGUCAAUGUUGAAGACUUCCGGAAGACGUAUCUUCACACAUUUUCGAUUCUCUGCUACAUCUCAUCGGCUCAUCGGAUCAACCAUUUCAUGAAGAAGGAAUACACGGAUGCCACCAUACCGUUUUCUCUCAGUGGAAUGGACAGGGAAGUGCCAGGCGAUGCGGAGUUCUGGCAGCGUUUUCACACGAUCAAAUGGAUGUUUUGGCCCCUGACUUUCGAUCCCUUGGUGCAUCGGAGGGACCUGCUAUUGGAACAGAUUCUGCCUAUCUACGACAGGAAAUUUCUGUGGGAAUCGAGCUCUGGAGACAGCGUUGUCCACAAGGUUCGAGUUCAUCGGUGCUGCGGAGACCUCAAAGUCGACUCAAACGAGAUCGUGCUCAAAACCUUACAACCAGAAGCUAAGGAUCUGUGGGAGAACGAGUCAAAAAUUUACUAUCAGCUUUUCGACGAAUCUGGCGUUCCCCUUGGGAAUUCCGACCCGACAGCCCCUCUCCAUGCUGUCAUUGUGGGUCCAUUCGACUACAUAACGAGAUAUCUAGGGUCCUUCACUCAGCCUCUUGCCCGACGGGACGAACAACAGUCAUCUUCGCCAAUGGACCCGAAUAACUCUCUCGCAGCCGAAAGGGAGGCCGAAAAGAUUCGCACAAUUGUCCUGGAAUACGCCUCAGGCGGUAAUCUGGCCCACUUUUGUCAAAGAAACGCCGACGUCAUCGCCUCUCGGAGGCGGGUGGACGAGUUGAAUCUAACCCACCAAGACCUCAAGGAAUCCAAUAUUCUCUACACACGAAGACCAUUGACGGACCGUGACAACCCGUGCUUUAAGAUAUCGGAUCUUGGAACAGCCAACUCUGGAGACGAAAAGAACAACUCCGGCAAUAAGUCGAAUACGCCCCCCGAAUGCUGCUCGAUCCACCCCAUACAGAUCGGCAAGCCCCCUCGAUACACCAAAGCUGCCGACAUUUGGCAACUGGGCGGAUAUGAGCUGGGCUUUCACAGCGGCUGGAAAAGGCUCAAAUGUGUCGACGAUUUCCAUCGGGAGGCUGUUCAAGAUUGCCCGCCAGAGAGCAUCCCACGAUUCGUCAGCGACUUGAUUCUGGAGGCGAUGCUCGUGCCUAAAGAAGAUCGCGAGACUGAAGUUUUGACCUUGAGAACACGUUGGUUGAAUCGACCCAAGGCCGGGGUGCCCGCCGUGUCUCCAGCCGUUGAAAACCCAGUCCCCGCACAAAACCAGCCGCCCCCUCCUCCAGCCUCGAACCACCACGGGCAACCGAUGUCCAUCUUGCCACAAGGAGUGGAGCAGAAUUCCAACUCGGUUGAGGAAAUAGCUACUUACCUUCGAAAACAUCGGAGGAUUGGCCCAAAGGCCUUUCAAGAUCUUCAGUAUCGAUUGAACAUCAUGGGGCGCAGACGUCAUCGAAUCUUGAUUGAUGAGUCGAGCAGCAUGGCUCAGUUUCAGACUCAAGUGGCACAGACCGCUCGGGUUCUUGCCAAACUGGUGAAGCACCGGAUGGUGCGCGGCACUAGAGUUGAAGUGUCUCUUCCAAAGGCACCUUCGAGACCAAUGGUCUUCCCAAAAAGCAAGCAGAUGGAAAAGUUCCUACAACUUUACAAGUUUAAAGGAGAGAAAUGGGAGUUGGGAAUCCUGCUCAACGAAACAGCAAGGGAUCUAUUGGACACCAUGUCUCCGCCUCAGCCUCCCAUCAACCUCUACAUUUUGACAGACGGUAUCUUUGGAGAGCCUCCACCCGACUUGGUUCGACCAAUCAGGGAUCUCAUCGAUCAGGCGAAGGACCCCCCGCCAGCUGGAUCCGACUUCUUGUCCAUUACUGUUAUUUUAUUUGGGGACGACCAAAAUGGAGCUUGGAGCUUGGAGCAACUGAGACUCGCAGUUGGGCGAAUGGUGAACUUGCCAUCAGAGAACCCCAUCUACAUUUGCCACUGCACAAGUAGCGUUGCGGACAUGCUCAUCGGGCGGCUGCAGGUUGGGAGUGUCGGGCAGUCCUUGGUUACUCUACCAUCCCAAAACGUUGCUCCCCCGCAUUUCGCGGUUCCGCGAGGGUAG